AUGGCAGACAUCCACAGCCUCCCCGUCGAGAUCCUCUAUCUCAUCCUCUCCUUCAUCAGUGCAGCUCCUCCGCCUACAUCAGACGAGAGAGCACUGCGAGACAUACCCAGCCACGCCCUAACAUCCUCUAAGACGACCGACCUCAAGAACGUAUCGCGAGUGUGUCCUUUUGCCGGUACGAGCUGCGCGACCAGGACCGGUUCCUGGGCCUUUAUCAAACACCAUGGCCUCACAGAUCAGGUCGAGAGGGUCACCGUCUCUGUACGGACGAUAUUCCCAGGGAGCGAGAAGAAGCUAUGGUGGAAGACGCUGUUUCAGCAUCUGAACCCAGAGGUUGUCACCGUCGUUGCGCCGCCACAUAUGAUCGCGGACAUGGCGCAAUGUGGCCUACAGGGCGAUAAAUGGGCAUUUGAUAUGCCGCUGCAGACCAUCCAGUUUCGCCAGCAGCGGCCUCUGCCCUCUGAUUUCGAAGUGCCGGAGGGAGACGAUAGCUUCCUCAGCGCGAGGCCAUGGACGCAGCUGUCGUUCAACGAGGGUUCGUCUCUCCAGGCAUACAGCAUCGCCGAUUACUUUCUCCUCCGGCCGCCGUCUAUCAUAAACCACUGGGGCUCUGUUGACCCUUUGCAGGCAGUCAAUCUCCCGUAUCCUGCCUCGGCCAUCUCGCGUCUGACAUCGUUCCAUUACAUUGCGAUCUUUCCUUUCUACAGCCAUACUAAUCUCGUGCUCAAAGUGUUCCGCAGCAUGACCAACCUCCGUUCCCUGGCCUUACAGCUUUCUCCCCCGGAAUGGAGUGACAUAUUUGAGAGAGAGCGGAGAACGUCUACCAUGGACCCCGAAAAUGCGUGGAUGGAGCUGGAUACGGGAUAUUCACUUGUCCCACAUUCAGUGCGAUAUCUGGGAGUCCAUGGGCGUCUGGUCGAGUUCAGAGCGCUGGAUUAUAACCUGCCGGCACAGAGGAACUAUGUAUUCAGGACCAUGCGUAAGGUGCUUACUCAACCCUGGCAGCACGAUGGACAUGGACGAUGGGUCAGACGGACUAUCGCUUCGAACGGUACCUCUUCAGGGGAAUAG